AUGGCGGGCGCGGAGGCGGGCGGGGGGAACCUGGCGGUGCUGGACGCGCUGGACUCGGCGCGCACCCAGAUGUACCACAUGAAGGCCAUCGUCAUCGCCGGCAUGGGCUUCUUCACCGACGCCUACGACCUCUUCUGCAUCUCCACCGUCUCCAAGCUGCUGGGCCGCCUCUACUACCCGUACGAGAACAUGGACUACGCCAAACUCGAGGACAGCAAGCCCGGCACGCUGCCCAUGAGCAUCAACAACAUGGUCAUCGGCGUCGCGCUCGUCGGCACGCUCAUGGGCCAGCUCGUCUUCGGCUACUUCGGCGACAAGCUCGGCCGGAAGCGCGUCUACGGCAUCACGCUCGUCCUCAUGGCCGCCUGCGCCAUCGCCUCGGGCCUCUCCUUCGGCAGCUCCGCCCGCGCCGUCAUCGGCACGCUCUGCUUCUUCCGCUUCUGGCUCGGCUUCGGCAUCGGCGGGGACUACCCGCUGUCGGCGACCAUCAUGUCCGAGUACUCCAACAAGAAGACGCGCGGCGCCUUCAUCGCCGCGGUGUUCGCCAUGCAAGGGGUCGGCAUCAUCUUCGCGGGGCUCGUGUCCAUGAUCGUCUCGGGCCUCCUCCUGCACUACAACCACGCGCCGUCGUUUUGGGAGGCGAUCACCAACGACCCGAACCACGACCCCGUCGCCUCGGCCCAGAAGCCGGCGGCCGACUACAUGUGGCGCAUCGUGCUGAUGAUCGGCGCGCUCCCGGCGCUGGCCACGUUCUACUGGCGGAUGAAGAUGCCCGAGACGGCGAGGUACACCGCGCUCAUCGAGGGCAACGCCAAGCAGGCGGCCAGCGACAUGGAGAAGGUGAUGGACGUGGAGAUCCAGGCGGAGCAGGACAAGCUCGCCAGGUACAAGGCGGCCAACGACUACCCGCUGCUGUCGGCGGAGUUCGCCCGGCGCCACGGCAUGCACCUCAUCGGCACGGCCACCACGUGGUUCCUCCUGGACAUCGCCUUCUACAGCCAGAACCUGACCCAGAAGGACAUCUUCCCGGCGAUGAAGCUGACGAGCGCCGCCAAGGAUGUCAACGCCCUGACCGAGGUAUUCCAGAUUUCCAAGGCCAUGUUCCUCGUCGCGCUCCUCGGCACCUUCCCCGGCUACUGGGUCACCGUCGCCCUCAUCGACAAGAUGGGCAGGUACCUGAUCCAACUCCUGGGUUUCUUCAUGAUGUCCGGGUUCAUGCUGAUCAUGGGCGUCAUGUACGAGAACCUCAAGGAGCACAACCACGCGAUCUUCGCCCUCUUGUACGCGCUCACCUUCUUCUUCGCCAACUUCGGCCCCAACAGCACCACCUUCGUGCUCCCCGCCGAGCUGUUCCCGACGCGCGUGCGCUCCACCUGCCACGCCAUCAGCGCCGCGUCGGGCAAGGCCGGCGCCAUCGUCGCGGCCUACGGGGUGCAGAACCUCACGCUCAAGGGCGACGUCAAGUACAUCAGGAAGGCGCUCAUCAUCCUCUCCAUCACCAACAUGCUCGGCUUCUUCUUCACCUUCCUCGUCCCGGAGACCAUGGGCCGGUCGCUCGAGGAGAUCUCCGGGGAGGACGGCAAUAAUGCCGGCACCGGACCCGCCGCUCCCGCCGGCGGCCCGGGGAUGGGCGCUGCGGACGUGAGCCGGGACGACAAGAUGCCUGUUUCCAGCACCGAGUGGCAGAGCUCCAUGCAUGCGUGA